AUGAUCAUUUCAACUCUUGCUGUGGGGAGUAUGUGGCUAGGUGCGGUGGUUGCGAAGAAACAUGAUACCAUCGCCUCAUCAUAUGACUUUGUUAUUGUUGGGGGAGGAACCAGUGGAUUGGUUCUGGCUAACAGACUUUCAGAACGUCGAGAUCUCACUGUUGCAGUUAUCGAAGCGGGCGAUUCGGUUCUCAACAAUAUUAACGUUACUACUCCUUAUGGUUACGGUAGGGCCUUUGACACACCCAUCGACUGGGCCUACCAGACGGAAGAACAGAAAUAUGCCGGCGGAAAGAAGCAGACUAUGCGUGCUGGAAAGGCACUCGGUGGUACAAGCACAAUUAACGGAAUGUCAUACACUCGAGCACAGAACGUUCAAAUCGAUGCCUGGGAAUCAAUGGGGAAUAAAGGUUGGAAUUGGAAAAGUCUUCUACCAUACUACAAGAAAUCCGAGGGUUUCCAGAUUCCAACUCCAGACCAAGUUGCACAUGGCGCUGACUAUUAUAUAUCCUACCAUGGACAAGACGGUCCGAUCAAAACAGGCUGGCCUAACGCGAUGGCCAAUAGCAGCGUGCUACCUGUACUCGACGAAACAUUAGCGCAGAUACGCCUCAACUACAACCGAGACGUCAACGGAGGGAACAUGGUUGGACUCACUGUUCAUCCCGAUACGGUCGACAGAGACGCGAACGUCCGCCAAGAUGCGGCCCGAGCUUACUACUGGCCCAUUGAAGAACGAUCGAAUCUCAAGAUUAUCACGAACAGCUACGCGAACAAGAUAGUUUGGUCCAACGCUUCCCACGAUGCUAUUGCAACUGGAGUGGAGGUUACUGGACCUGAAGGUGUCAUAACAGUCCACGCUUCCAAGGAGGUAAUUCUAUCUGCUGGCGCCCUAAAAUCACCCAUGAUUCUAGAAUUGUCCGGAAUUGGAAACCCAGACAUCCUUGACAAGUACGACAUCCCCGUCAAAGUCAAUCUUUCCACCGUCGGCGAAAACCUACAAGAUCAGACAAACAACGGACUCACAUACGGAGGCCGAGAGAUAUGGAGCGGUCUCCCAGCUUUCUCCGCUCUACCAUCCGCCCAACAGAUGUACGGUGAUAAAGUCGACUCUAUCGCCUCCGCUGUCAACGCUAGUCUUGUACGUUACGCAAAGACUGUCGCCAACUUUUCGAACGGAGCCGUCCAAGAAGCCAAUCUCCUGGAUGCCUUCCAGCUCCAGUAUGACUUGAUCUUCAAAAAACAAGUCCCAUACACCGAGAUCGUCUUUUUGCCCAUUGGACAUGUAUUCGCGACAGAAUACUGGUCUCUUCUGCCCUUUUCACGUGGAAACAUCCACAUCACAUCCGCCGAUCCUUCGAAACCAGCUUCUAUCAACCCAAACUACUUCAUGUUCGAUCAAGAUAUCAUAGCCGAAGCCGAAAUCGCCUAUUACAUUCGAAAUGCAUUCAAUACUGCGCCAUUGAGGGAUCUUGUCACAGAGGAAUUCGUUCCGGGGAUGGAACUUCUCCCUAACAACGCCUCGGAGUCCCAAUGGACCGACUGGAUCAAAGAGACCUAUCGAUCAAAUUUCCACCCCGUCGGCACGGCUAGCAUGCUCCCCCGAGCGAAAGGUGGCGUUGUCGACCCCCAGCUUAAGGUUUAUGGUACCAAGAAUGUCCGUGUUGUCGAUGCCUCGGUCUUGCCGUUCCAGAUUUGUGGCCACUUGACGAGUACUCUUUAUGCCGUGGCUGAGAAGGCGGCGGAUCUGAUUAAGAAUAAAUAUACGGAUUAUUGA